AUGGACAUUAAAUCCAGCAGUGAGUCAAACGCGGGCCCAGUCGGCAUCUCCGAGGUCUGCGGUGCCUCACCCAAGCCAAAGGACACAGUGGAAGAGAAUGGAAAAAGUCAGGAGCGGAUCGGUUGGCGUCCCGGUGCUUCCCACCUUCUGAUCUUCACCUCGGACGCUAAGACUCACAUGGCUCUGGAUGGUCGUCUGGCUGGAAUCGUGCAGCCAAACGACGGGAAGUGCCACCUCAACUCUGACAAUAUGUACAGCAUGUCUACCACCAUGGAUUACCCUUCUCUAGCUCUGAUCACAGAAAAGACGUCGGAGAACAACAUCAAUCUCAUCUUUGCCGUCACCAACCCUGUGGUUCCUCUGUACCAGAACUACAGUGAGCUGAUUCCUGGCACCACAGUAGGAACACUGUCUAACGACUCGGGCAACGUUAUUCAGCUCAUUCUGAAAGCCUACGCUAAAAUCCGGUCCAAGGUGGAGCUGGAGCUUCAAGGCGUCCCGGAGGAGCUGUCCCUGUCCUUCAAUGCCACCUGUCUGAAUGGAGAGCUCAUCCCUGGCCUCAAAUCCUGCUCUGGGCUCAAGAUAGGGGAUACGGUGUCUUUCAGUGUUGAAGCUAGAGCUCGUGGUUGCCCCAAACAGAAGAAGAAGACCUUCAUCAUUAAGCCGGUGGGCUUCAAGGACUCUCUCUCCAUCACCGUCAACUUUGAGUGCGACUGCAAGUGCCAGAACAAGGCACAGGCCAACAGCCCCAAAUGCAACCAUGGCAACGGCACCUUCGAGUGCGGCAUCUGCCAGUGCCACCCGGGUCGAUUGGGGCCGCACUGCGAGUGUGCCGAGGGGGACUAUAACCCCACGGAGCAGGACCGCUGCAGCGGGCCCGCGGGCUCCGGAGGACCCCAGUCUGCCAUCUGCAGUGGCCGGGGGGACUGUGUGUGCGGACAGUGUGUGUGUCACAACAGCGACUUUGGAAAGGUCUGGGGAAAGCUGUGUGAGUGUGACGACUUCAACUGCCUGCGCUACAAGGGGGAUCUGUGCUCAGGCCAUGGCGUCUGUAACUGUGGUUUCUGCCAGUGUGACCCAGACUGGCAGGGUGAGAACUGUAACUGCUCCAGACGUACUGACACCUGUAUGUCCAACGUGGGCUUGCUGUGCAAUGGGAGGGGUCACUGUGAGUGUGGGGCCUGUGAGUGCACCCAGCCAGGGGCCUACGGGGCCACGUGUGACAAGUGCCCCACCUGCCCCGACGCCUGCACCAUGAAGAAGGAGUGUGUGGAGUGCAAACACUUUAAGAGGGGCAAGCUGUUCGACGACAACACCUGCUCUCGAAUCUGCAAGGAUGAGAUUGUGCUUGUGGAUGAAAUAGUGCUCCAUGAUACAAAUGCUGUGAACUGCACUUACAAAGAUGAGGAUGACUGUGUGGAGCGUUUCCAGUACUAUGAGGACUCCAGCGGCAAGUCCAUCUUGUUUGUCGUCAAAGAGCCAGAGUGCCCCAAGGGUCCAGACAUUUUAGUGGUGCUUCUGUCGGUGGCAGGAGCUAUCUUGUUCCUCGGCUUGGCGGCUCUACUCAUCUGGAAACUGCUGGUCACCAUUCACGACAGACGGGAGUUUGCAAAAUUUGAGGAAGAACGCGCUCAUGCCAAGUGGGACACGGGACACAAUCCUCUCUACAAAGGAGCCACAUCUACCUUUACAAACAUUACAUACAGAGGAAAAGACUGAUGCUACUGAACUCAACACGGAUGAAGAAUAAUGGACUUUUAUCAUUUUUUUUGGGAAGGCAGCGAAUCAUGUGCAGGCCUCUACUGUCACAAGUCAAUAAUUAAUAAUUAUUUGUGUUUGUAAAUAUGUAUAAAUGAUUUCUGAGGACACAUUUUUAUCAGGGAUUUGUCAUAAACAGCCACCUAUACUACACUGAUAAAUGAGAUAAUGCUUUGAUUUUUUUGGGUCGACAAAGAACUCUUGUGUUGUGCAGGUUUUAACUAAAUCACAAAAAUAUAUUUACAUACUUACACCCACACAUAGUAUCCUGCCAUUUGCAGCAAAUAUUUUCAUUUGCCUAUAUAUUGAGAUAAACAUGGUGCCCCAAAGUUUGGAAAAUGUUUUUUUAACUUGAAUGUCUCUUUAAUCAGCAAUAUUCUGGAUCAUUUACAAAAGUACAUUGGAUGGCUUUCCAUUACAUCUGGUGAAAAGUAGUUUUAAAAGGAAAACAUUAGCGAAAAGAUCUGUAGAUUAUUCUUAAUAUCUGGCUCAGAGGGAGAUAAAACCACAACUACAGUAUGUACAUGACUGGAUACCACUGAGGUUUAGUGGAAAAUACUUUUUUAAAGUGACACGUCAGCUGAUCCUUGAAACCAGUGGAAGAACAAAAGGGCAGAUAAUAAUCUAAAAAAACUUCUGAUCAUAACUUUGGAUUUCCCAUUCGUCCCAUCAGUGGAACGAUGGCAACAUUUCAAUGGUCUUUAAUUCAGUCAAGCCAUGCUGGAGAUAUUAUGUGGUCUGCACAGUAAACUUUUAAUUGUCUGAAAACUGGUGCAGUUUCUUGUUUUCACUGA